UCCUUGUAAACAGGAAGAACUAAGUUGAAUGGAGGAGUUGCCAUAAGGUGUCAUGAGACAGUGAUCGGUGGUUGCUAAAUAGUCACUCACUGACAUUGGAAUGGUAAAUAGUCAGCUUGACGCUUAAGAUAACGUUUAAUAACCAAUCAGAAUUAUUAUUCUUUUCUUUUUUUUCAAAAACAGACAUGCUCUAGCAAGCACAGUCUCUGCCUAUUUUGUGUAGCCAGGUUUAUCACUUACUCGGUAUUUACUCUUACAGUUUCAUGUAGUAGCUGUGCGUGUAUUGUUUAGCGGUAACAGUCUGCGAGUGAGCAAGCAAAGAUUUAGAAAUCUGAGACUAUGGAGACUAGGCGGAGUGAGCAGAAGAGCUCAGGACUGCAGUCGGAGUGCAGCGGCACAGCCGGGAGUAGGACGUUCAUCAGCGGGGUGGUUGAGGGUUUCUAUGGGCGACCUUGGACUAUGGAUCAAAGAAAAGACCUUUUCCGGAAGGAACAGAAAUGGGGAUUGAACACAUAUUUAUAUGCCCCAAAAGAUGACUACAAGCACAGAAUGUUUUGGAGGGAGAUGUAUUCCCCAGAAGAAGCAGAGCAACUCAGGACCCUCAUUGCUGCUGCAAAAGAGUAUGGCGUGGAUUUCAUUUACGCCAUCUCCCCUGGGCUGGACAUAACCUUCUCAAACCCCAGAGAAGUCAGCACACUGAAGAGGAAGCUGGGUCAGGUGUCCGGCUUCGGCUGCCGGUCGUUCGCCCUGCUGUUUGACGACAUCGACGCCGACAUGUGCGGGGCGGACAGGAAGGUGUUCCCAUCCUGCGCCCACGCCCAAGUCUCUCUCACCAACGAAAUCUUCCGGCACCUGGGGGAGCCCGAGACGUUUAUGAUCUGCCCCACAGACUACUGUGGGACAUUUUGCUCUCCCAGCGUUUCGGAGUCGUCUUACUUGCGAACAGUUGGUGACAAUCUCCUCCAAGGCAUUGAGGUGCUUUGGACAGGGCCCAAAGUUGUGUCAAACAGCAUUCCUGUAGAGUCCAUCGAGGAGGUGUCUAAAGUUCUGAAGAGGGCCCCGGUUAUUUGGGACAACAUUCACGCCAAUGACUAUGACCAGAAGAUGAUCUUCCUGGGCCCCUACAAGGGCAGGUCCACAGACCUCAUCCCCAAGCUGAGGGGGGUCCUGACCAACCCAAACUGCGAGUUUGAGCCCAACUUCAUCGCCAUUCAUACCCUUUCCACUUGGUGCAAGUCGCACGGGAACGGUGCACGGAGAGACGUUGUCAUGACAGCAGAGGGCGACAGCAGCAGGGACCCGGGGAGGGAGGACGAGGAGGAGGAGCAGGAGGCGGAGGAGCUGUACAGCCCGCGGCAGGCCCUGCGGCUCGCUCUGGCGGAGUGGCUGGAGGAGUUUGGGGAGCCCUACAAGUAUGGCAAGGGAUCAUCGGAAGAGCCCAUGGACACAGACAAGACGGGGAGUGGUGAAGGCGUGGCCCCCAUGCAGACGGACCAGGAGGCGGGCCCCUACGCACCGGGCCCCGAGGAGCGGCCGCUGUACACGGCCGAGCCCCUCACUCUGGGGGACCUGGCCCUGAUGGCCGACCUCUUCUACCUGCCCUAUGAGCACGGCCCUCGGGCGGUGGCCAUGUUGAAGGAGCUGCACUGGCUGAGGGCCAACAGCGCCGUCCUGGCCCAGGGGCCCGAGGGGGAAGCGGGCGAGAAGGUUGCGGAGUGGCGGUCCAGGGCCAAAAAAUUUGUUUACAUGUUCAAGGCUGUCGAUAAGAUGUACACUAGAGUCUGCAACUCGGCCAACAGGAACCUCGUUUACGACCUAUACCCCUACAUCUUGGAAAUAAAGAGCAUCACGUCAGUGGCCAAAGAGUUUGUGAACUGGUUAGGAUCUCACACCACGUCAUCCGCACAGUUCUUAGGUGGAGACCAGGAGCCUUUUUCCUUCAAAGGUGGUAUAACAGGAGAGUUCCAGCGGAUGUUGCCGAACGACGGGGCACAUGACCUUUUCCGCCAACCGGCUAAAACAUACUCCGUGAGGCCGUACUUACCCAUGGACGAGGCUGCAGUGAAUAAGAUGAGCAGAGACAUGGACAGUGAGGGGGUGGGCAGCCCUGCCUCCCCAGAGAAGCCGUAUUCAAUGGAAGACAGAGUCAGCGUUCCCAUAGUACCCCACUGUGAUGGCACCGUUUCUCCCUCAAGGCUAACGGAGGGGCCGCUUGGCUUCAGCCCCGACCACGGCUUCAUCCUGGAGGAUGACGAGGGCAUCUGCGGCUAUGCUCUGGGAACCGUUCACGCCAAAGCUUUCCUGGGAACGGACAAGACGAGCCGGACCCCAGACGCCCAGGAGAAGCAUGGGAAAUCUGACUCUCAGAAGGGUGCGUCCAGCAAGGGAACCGAGGAAAUGAUGAGGAACCUUCCAGAAGCAUUCCUUGCACGUUUCCCCAGCCUGAUCAAAGCGCAGAUCCACACCAAGGUCACGGAAACCAGCGUGGCAAAGAGAAUGAUGGGAUGCCUGCUCUCUUUGCUAAAAUCCAGUGGCUCGCAAGGUGCUUUCUGUACAGUGAAGCAGAGCGAUACAAGGAUGCUGGACCUAUACAGAGCACUGGGCCACUUUGAAGAGGUGAAAGUAGAAGGAAUCCAAAAUGAUGUGAUGAUAAUGGGAAGGAGCCUGUGAUGGUAUAAAUGCACACAUGGAAAAUAAGAGAUGUUGAUCUGUGGUUUAAAUGGAAGAAAAUAAUUUCUAAAAAAAAGUGCUCAAAUUACUACAGGCUGUGUGCGGUGUUGAAGAAAAGCUCAAGAACAACUCAGGGAGGGAAAACAAAAUGGCUGCUUAAAUUUUACGAUGCUUUGUUAAUUUGUGGUCCACAUUAAUGGGUCCAGAUUGCACAUUGAGGAGAAAAGCUCGCACAUGCAUUUAGCUUUCUAAGCUGUCAUUAUGUGAAACAGCAGAUGCUGAAUACAUGAGAAACUUACUGUAAUGCUAGAUGUAAUACUUCAUCUGGAUGCUUUUGAAUAAACAGAGAACACAUAUUACACAUCAGCACUAUACAGUAUGUAAGAUAAAAAAUAAGUCAGUGAAAGUGAUCUGCAAGGGUAAGUAGGACUGAAAUAUUCAAAAAACAAUAAACAACAGUGAGAAAGAUGACUGACCAACCAUAUUUAAUUUGAGUUGAAAAACAGUGCAGAUAUCUCUCUGCAUCAUUACAUAGCAAUUCUCCCCCUCGUACAGGCAGAGUGCUCAUAUUAAUUACAAUGAAUAUAUAUUUCAUUCAAGUUUAAGUUCUUCUUAAAAUUUUGCUAGAUUUAUUUUUGUAAGAGGAAUAAACAUGAGUGAAAUGUGCAUUUGUGCAUUUCUUGGUUUAUGAACACCUAGCUAUUUUCUCCUGUCUUGUCCUCGACUUAAUUUUUCUUUUCUGUAUCAGGGUCCUUUCAAAAUUUCUCUGUGAAGAGCAAUGUGCACUAAAAUGACUCAUGAAUAUUAUUGAUAAUUAAGUGGGGAUAGGUUGUGUACGCACUGUGCACAGCACAGAUUGUUUAUAUUUGAAUACUUCUAUGCAGGGGAUUAACACUGAUGAGGCAAAACAUUAUUGUCUGUUUCAUUGGCCUACUUGAUAUUUAUGUGGAUGUUAAAAUAAAAUAAUCUGUUUUGGAGAUGUUUUAUUAAAAUUAGCUCAAUCAAA